AUGCCACCUCCCGCGCAAGUCGCCAAUCUUGAUAUCAAGGCGCCUACAGUCGGUCAUAAUGGCUACCAGGGCUUCAAUCCCCGCACUGAAACUCUUCCGAAGGGCUGGAAUGGCUUCAAUUCCCGUGCAUUAAGUGAGGACUUGAUUGUGCAGCAUGAUGUUGCAAUUUGCGUUCGCGACGGUUGCACGCUUUAUUGCGACAUCUAUCGGCCUGUGACCGAAGAGAAAGUUCCAGCAAUUGUUGCAUGGAGUCCGUUUGGAAAGAAGCACAAUGGAAUCAACAUGAUGAAGAAAGUCCGCUGGGGAGUUGGUGUUCCCGAUGGCUGUCUGAGUGGCCUGGAACGCUUUGAGGGCCCCGAUCCAGCCGAAUACUGCCCUCAAGGAUUCGCAGUUGUCAAUGUUGAUGCUCGCGGUGCCGGCGAUUCCGAAGGUUCAAUCGUGAUCAUGGGUUCUCAGGAAGGAGAAGAUGGUCACGAUGUGAUUGAAGCCCUUGCCAAAAUGUCUUGGUGCAAUGGCAACCUGGGGCUGGCUGGUAAUUCCCAUUUGGGAAUUGUGCAGUGGUUUAUCGCCGCCACUCAACCUCCAUCCUUGAAAGCCAUAGCACCCUGGGAAGCAUGUGGCGAUCUUUACCGUGAGCAAUUUGUUCGCGGUGGCGCAUGGGAUAAUGGACUCUUCGAUCUGAUCACCCGCGAAACCAUUCGUGGUAAACACGGCCUGGAGGAUUUCAAGGAAAUGUUCCGCCGCAGUCAGACUAUCAACCCGUACUGGGCGGAUAAGCGUGCCAAAAUUAGCAAAAUUCAGAUCCCUACCUAUGUCGUCGCCUCCUAUUCCAGCUUUGUCCACACUAUGGGCUCCGUUCGUGGGUGGCUGGAACUUGACACACCCGACAAAUGGUUGCGAUGGGAUCCUUAUCAAGAGUGGUAUGAUUUAUGGGUUGAAAAGGAAUCGCGAGACGAACUGGCAUCUUUCUUCUCCAAGUACCUCAGAGGGGAAGAUAAUGGAUGGGAGAAGACCCCUCGGGUUCGCAUGGCCUCAUUGAAUUACGGUAAUACCGCACCCGAGUAUCCCAUCGUGGUCGACAAUUUCCCUCUGCCUAAUACCGAGUACCGUGAACUCUUCUUCACACAGGACCGCAGCCUCGCUUCUCAAGUACCUGUGAAGCAAACCACCUUGUCUUAUAACUCCGAAAGCAAGAGUGACCCCGUUGAAAACGUUGGCUUUACCUAUACCUUUUCACACAAGGCUCGGCUCAUGGGACUUCCUAAAGCGAUGCUUCAUAUGUCUUGUGAUGAUCUAGACGACAUGAUUAUCUAUGUUCUCAUCCGGAAACUUGAUAAGCAAGGAAAAGAGAUGAUUAACGUCAACAUCCCCCUCUCAGCCGCACCAUACUCGAAAGUGGAAGAUAUUCCUCAAGACGAGUAUAGCAACCUCACCAUUUACUACGGCCCAACUGGAAUUCUUCGUGCUUCGCAUCGCCAGGUUGAUCAGUCGAAAUCUAUCCAUCCUCAGUAUCCCUUCCAUACACACUCCGAGGUGCAAAAGGUUCCUCCUGGCACGAUCGUGGAGCUCGAGAUUGGACUUUGGGCCAUGGGUAUCGAUUUCGAAGCGGGUGAAUCCCUUCGUGUGCAAGUCAGUGGAGAAUACCCCUUGAUUCAGGAAAGCAAGUAUGCCAAAGUCGAGCUAGAGGCUCGUAAUAAGGGUACUCACAAACUUCAUCUUGGUGGCAAGUACCCAUCUCGGAUCAUUUUGCCCUUCGUGUGA